UUCGCGCUCGCGCGCGUCGCGUGACCUUUACCUACAUAUACCUCUGUGUGCAUAUAUGCAGCUAUAUAGCUGCGUGCGAGCUUCGGUUUCAAGCUAUACACCUACAGCAGCAGCAGCAGCAGCAGCAGCAUGUGUAUGCAGUUGCACCUAUCUAUAUAAGUACACACACACACAAUGUUCAUCCCUACUGCGCCCCCGCGUCGUUGCCUUGGUGUUUACUUUUCAGGGACGACGUUAGCUGCUGCUGCUGCUGCGAGUGACAGCAGUCUACGCGGAGAACGUGGCAGCCUGUGUGUGCAGUCGUUCGACGGGGGGUUGUCCAUGUGUGUAAUAUAACCAACGAUAGACGUGCAAAAGUGCAUUUGUAAUUCCGUCGACGACGACGAUGGCGUCUGCUCGCGAUAACAACAACGGCGUCGUUGCUGCGCUCCAUCGUUGAUACAUCCUCAAAGGCCCCCCGCACACGUUGCACCAAAACAAAGAAACACCGCUGAACAAAUGCUCUCGCACUACAGCAACACGACGAUGGACGACGGCGCAUCGUCGUGCGUUACCCAAAAGUCCUCCGCACCCAUACCCAACAAGUGGGACACGACGCGCAUGGAGAUCAUACGCUACAAGUACAUGUGGACCAUCAGCAACUUCAGCUUCUUCUGGAACAACACGCCCGGGGCCUACGUCGACUCGCCCGUCUUCUCCACGGGCGCCAAUCACAAGAUCAAGUGGCACCUGCGACUCUACCCGAACGGCAAUUAUUACGCCUCGGAUUACGGCCACAUCGCCCUCUAUCUGCAUCUCAAGUCGUGCGACGCGCCGAGCAUCGAGGCCAAGUGCAAGUUCUCGAUCAUCAACGGCAAGCGCGAGGAGACCAACGUCAAGAGCUCGCGCUACUGUCAUCGCUUCGUCAAGAUGAUCGACUCGCAGCGCUUCACCGGCCUGGCGAACUUCGUCAGGCGCGACUACGUCACGGACCCGGCCAACGGGCUGCUGCCCAACGACACCCUGACGAUACUCUGCGAGAUCCGCGCCUGUCGGGGCAUCAUCAACAUACUCGGCCUCAGCAUCUCGGAUCAGCAGCUGAAGCUGCCCAAGACGCAGCCCGACGAUUUCGGCGCUCUGUUGGAGAGCGAGGCCUUCAGCGACGUCUCGCUGAUAGUCGGCUGCCGCGAGUUCAAGGCGCACAAGGCCAUACUGGCGGCCAGGAGUCCGGUGUUUCUGGCCAUGUUCCGGCACGACAUGAAGGAGAAGAACGAGAACAUCGUGGAGAUUCACGACAUCGACGAGAGAGUCAUGCGCGAGGUGUUGCGUUUCAUCUAUGCGGAGAGGGUAGAGAGAAUACAGGAUCUGGCCAACGAUCUUCUGGCGGCGGCCGACAGAUACUCCCUGGAGGGCCUGAAGAUCAUGUGCGAGGAGGCACUGUGCGGCAAGCUGACGGUCAACAACGCCGCCGACGUGCUGGCCAUCGCCGACAUGUACAACGCCGACUGCCUCAAGACCCAGGUGAUACACUUCCUCGUGGCGCACGGCAAGGAUCCCUCGCUCUGGUCCAGAUACCUCAACUCCGGCAACAAGUCGUCGAUCUUUUGCGGCUUCUCCGACGUACUCGGCAAUUACGUCAAGCUGCUGGUGAUCUCGACGCUGUGCGCCUUCAUCGCCAUACUCCUCGUGCCGUACGUGUCGCUUCUCGUCGACCCGAUGUGCGACGUCACGGCGAAAUUCUGCGCGCCGCCCAAGGAGGUGGUGAUGGACAGUGACACCAUCGCCACGGUCCUCAAGAAGAUGCAGAAGAGCGCCUCGGUGUUCGUCGACGAUCUCUACUCGGUCAUCGCCUACUUCUUUCGGCUGUUCUUCAAUCUCGUCACCAGGCCGUUCUACGUGGGUAGUAGCAACGAUUAUCCCGCGCAGACGGAUAAGCUAUAAUAGAGAUAUAUACAUUUAGGCGUAAAGAAAAAAAAAACAUUUAUAUUUAUUAUGUCGAGAGUAAGGAGACGUAGAGUUGUAUACUGCACUUUCGUAGAGGUAACUUUACACACGACUAUUGCCAAUUCACGCGACACGGGUCGUGCACCUUUUUAAUAUCGUUGAAGUAUAAUAAAAUGUAUAACGCCGAGGCAAUUUUAAGAUAGUUCGAUAAACGAAUAACGCUUGUAGACACACGUUUAUAUAUCAAAGUCCAAUUUAUAGUUAGCACAAAAAAAAAGGUGGAAUAUAUCGAGAGAGAGAAAAAAAAUAAUUAAAAAACAAAAGUGAGAUUACAAUUAGAUAACACAGGGAUGAAAUAUUCUUCUAGAAAUAUUUAAACUAUUUUUAUAGAUGACAUUAAUCAUCCGAAUGAGUAUUCCUUUUAAACUCGUUUUUAGAAGAUGAAAGAAAAAAAAAACAAUUUCACGAGACGUAAUGCGGUCUUUUGAAAGAAAAGGGACGAUAAUAUGUAAUAUUUCGGAUCGAUACGAUACGAUACGUAGCGAGGCGAAUAUUUUUAUUGAAAACUUGGCAAAGGUUCCUUUUUUUGCAUAUAAUAAUAUUAUAAUACGAAUAUGAUUUACGUCACGAGUGUGCGAGUGUGUGUAAUGUGUGUGUUAUGUGUACACGAACACCUUCGAAGUAAUUAUUCAUUAAUGAAAUAAGUCAACGUACUGCAUCAAAUUGUGUUCUAUAUGGUGCAUAUAUUUCACCAUGUGUGCUAUAAUAAUGUAAUAAACAGCCAUUCGAUUACCGAUCGUAAAACAAAAGUAUUACAUUCCCGAAGGAAUUCAACGAGAUCACAAGCUAUACCUGACAGUAUUAACGUAGUUCGUAGGAGUAAUCGUAGUAUUUAAAAAUAAUUUACGGACCAAAAUAUGACUUGUUUGAGUUUGCCAGCACAAUUUAUUCUUCGUGGACAAAUGAUGUGUUUGCAGAAAUUGGAAAAAUUUUAUCGAUGCAAACUUUUACCCAAAAUGAACCCACGAGUAAGAAUUUUCAUGUUAACAGGUGUCAAAAAGUGUUCGUUAUUGUUUACCAAACUGAGGAAUGAUUUAUUUUACUAGCGCUCAAUGUGUAAAGAAAUUUUCGGAGAUUAAAAAAUUUUUUAUAAUUUUGCAUCGGUUUAAAGAAAAAAGAUAUCUCACGCGAAUUAAUUUACUUUCUCUCUUGCACGCAUUAGUUUGUAUUAGACGCGUAGCGGGUGGUUCCGUAAAAUCUUAUUAUACCGGUUAAUUCGAAAUUAUAAGUUCAAAUCUCCUGCGUAAUUGGACUACAAUUUUUUGAAAAAUUCUGAUUACAGCGAUUUAGAGUAGCGGACGUCAUCUCGAAUAACUGUGACAGUAAUCAUGACAUGAUAUGAAUGAUGCACUCAAAACAUUAAUUUCAAUUUUUGUCAGCUCAAGUUCAGGUCAAAAUGAUUUAAAUGAAAAAAGACUUUUAAAUAAUAAUUAAAAUUGAUUGAACGUAUUUUUACGCCAGCUAUCAUGAAAAUUCUCCUUGGUCCACGCAGCUUAAUUAAUUUGUUUUCGUAAAAUAUUUUCGGUCUAACUUGCGAGUUUGCAAUAUGUGAUGUACAUUUUGAUUGAAGCUACAUUCCGAUUUUUCAUAAAUGAUAAAUCUAACAGGCCUCAAUUACGAAUCUCCGCCGUACAAUCAUUUCAAUCAAUUCGAUCGGAUGAUUUUGUUUUGCAGAAUGUCUGAGUGGCACAAGUUUUUUCGCGUUGAUCGCGUUAAUUAUUUUCUUUUUUAUAAGGCCACGUCGCGCCUUCACGAAUGUUUUUUCAUGAUACAUUGCUGCCAAUAAUCGAACUAUUCUGUGCUACUGUAUAAUAUUUAAAUCAAUAUAUUUAUUCAAAAGUUAUAAAAAUAAUUGAAAACCCAAUGGGCUGUGAUUAAAACGAAAAAAUAAGAAAAAACAUGAUAUCGAAAACGUACACCUAAUUGAAAAACUAACGGAAAAAUGGUUAUUUACUUUUGCCGGUCACUCUGUUGAAAGUAAAAGAGAGAAGAACAAAAAAAACUAACUAUUUUUUGAUGAUGCAAAAAAAAAACGUCAACAACGCAACGUUAAAAGAAAAUCCGUAGUUUAUGAAAAAAAAAUUGAUUGAUCUGUAAUAAUUAUCUAAUAAAUAGGGACCUCGAAAUUAUUCAAUUAAAGUUUUAACUACCGCAUAAAAGUGUACAAAAAAACUUAUUUGUGAAAAACGAUUUUAGCAAUAAAGCACAGUACAAGUGAUCGUCUUAA